AAAUAAUCACCAGCUCCAGGUCCAGCUAUAGUCGACGAGAUCCGUCGUCAAAAAUCUCAGAUCCGUCACACACACACUCUCUCUCUCUCCGAUACACCGGCGACAUGAGCUCUCCGGGAGGAGCGACGAGUAUGUUCACCAAUUUCACCAAACUCUGCAAAGGACUCGCUCUCGUGCUUGUGGUAGGUCACCUCUUGGUUCACUUCGUUCCCGCCACCGUCACUUACCUCGCUCUCAUUCCCGCGAGGACUAUUCCUUUUGGAUGGAAUCUGAUUACAAGUGGCUAUUUUGAACUCUCUGUAUAUGGGGUUGUCUUUAGCACGGUUUCUCUACUCUUUAUGGGGAAGUUUCUUGAGCCUGUAUGGGGUUCCAAGGAGUUUCUUAAGUUCAUCUUCGUCGUGAACUUUCUUACGUAUCUCUGCGUUUUCGUUACAGCCAUUGCUUUAUACUAUAUAACCAGGCUCGAAAUCUACCUAUAUAUGCCCUUUGCAGGUUUUCAUGGUGUCUUGGCUGGCCUUCUUGUCGGGAUGAAGCAGAUAAUACCUGACCAGGAGGUAUUGUUCUUAAAGAUAAAAGCAAAGUGGUUGCCCUCGAUUAUGCUAGCUUUGUCAAUAGCGUCAAGCUUCUUCACACUGAAUUCAGCAGCAUACCUUCCCACUUUGAUAUUUGGUACAUAUAUGGGCUGGUUAUACCUCAGAUACUUGCAGAGGAGGCCUGAAACAAAGCUCAGAGGUGAUCCGAGUGAUGACUUUGCCUUCUCCACUUUCUUUCCUGAGUUCGUCAGACCGGUAAUUGACCCUAUAGCCUCAAUAUUCCAUCGGAUGCUUUGUGGACGAACAAAUGCGACCAGCGAAGACAAUGGUUAUACUACCAGCGGUGCUCCAUUACCCGGCUCUGACUCUGCUGAAGCUUCCAGGAGGAGAGAAAGAGGAGCAAGAGCUCUAGAGGAGAGACUUGCAACGGAAAGAUUGGUUCCUCCAAGAAACAAAGAUGAGUUGCAGAGUGAUGCUUUGGAUAGCGUUUAAGUGGAGACUGCAACUAGUUUUCUUGAAGAAGUUGUGUGGGUUCUUGUUUUUUUUUUUUUUUCUGUUUGUUUAUGAAAUUGGCUUUAUACAGACAGAACCGAUCAGCUUCUCCGUAAAUUCUUAUGACAAUUAAAAAAAAAAGUAGUGCAUUUCCUUAACCAGUUGGACGAGAGAAUAUAAAUUUAUACAAAAAUUUAUACU